UAUGGUUGAACUCGGACACCUGAUUGGCUGCGGUGCGGCGCCAAGAGGGAGGAAGACUAUAGAAAAGCGGCGCGCGUGUGUGUGUGUGUGUCACUUCACUUUUAAGAGCACAUCUGGACUGCUGAGCUACUGAAUUCCUACCAUUUGAGCGUUCUCUUCCAGAAGUGUGCUAAAAAUGGACACGCUGAGGGUCUUGGCUCUGGUCCAUCUUCUGGCUGUACCCGCCUUUACACAAUCACAGACGCUCCAGGACCACUGGGGUGAGUUUGGGCCCUUUGGGCCCUGCAGCCGCUCUUGCGGCACGGGAGUUGCAAUGAGGACGAGGAAAUGUAUCACAUUGAGGACGGAUGGAGGUCAUAACUGCAAGGGAUCAUCCAAGUCCUUUCAGCUCUGUAACCUGAAUGAGUGCCCGGUGGGAUCCAGAGACUUCCGAGAGGAGCAAUGUUCCCAAUUUGACAGAAUUUUCGUUCAGGGAAAACAUCACACUUGGGUGCCAUAUUACGGAGCCAACCCGUGUGAGCUGAACUGCAUCACCCGAGAACAUAACACCGUUUAUCGUCACCGGCCCAAAGUGGUGGACGGGACCUUGUGCCACGUGGGCCGAAAUGACAUCUGUGUGGACGGCAUGUGCAAGGCAGUGAGCCAAGGGGUUAUUUUGGGUCUGGAAAAUGUCCCACAACCAGAGUACUCGGCUCCCACUCACACCGCGAACCCCGACGGGACCCAAAUGUACGAGUAUAGAGCCAACGCUUACGGUGCCUGCUCGACUACUUGCGGUGGCGGGAUGCAGUAUCGCACCGUGGAGUGUUGGCUUCGGGACCAACUCAACUCCCGCACGGUGGCCGAAAGCUUCUGCAUCGAUCAGGGCCUGCAGAGGCCUCAGUGGCAGCAGGCGUGCAACACCAACUCGUGCGGAGCAAAGUACAGAGUCUCCGUCUUCUCCCAGUGCUCGGUGACUUGCGGGGUAGGCCAGCAGACGCGAGAGGUGACCUGCGAGGGCGCCAAGGGUGAACGUCUGGACGACGGCGCCUGCGCCGCCUUCACGAGACCUUCCUCGGUCCAAGUGUGCAGGAGACUGGCCUGCCGCCAGCACGUCACAUGGCACGUGGCCUCCUACGGAUUGUGCACUCGCAGCUGUGGCGGCGGCGUGAGGGAAAGGCAGGUGGGCUGUUUCGACGGCAGCCUGACCCCUUACCCGGUGGUCAGGUGCGGGAUUUCAAGGAGGCCCGUAACUGUGGAGGAAUGCAACGUACAGCCCUGCCACCAAGCUCAAAGUGUCCCGAGUCUACAGAGUCCAGGGUUGCAUGAAAGCACCACGACGGGAUUUGUACCCUACGUUCCUGCAAAUCCAUCAUCGAUCAGGCCAAACACUAACAACAAUCCCAACGUGAGAGUAAACGCUCCCGACUGCGCCCGGUCUUAUUACGGCUGCUGCCCCGAUGGUCGUAGCUCCGCCAGCGGGCCGGGACUUGAGGGUUGCGCCCAACAUAACUGCGUAAACAGCAGAUAUGGAUGUUGUCUGGAUGGGGUCACUGCUGCUAGCGGAUUUGGGAGAGCCGGAUGUUCUGAAUACCAAACUACUGUGCACACAAGCCAUCCAGUCCGUCCUGUUCCACACGGUGCCUGCUCGCUGCCACGUUUUGAGGGCCCCUGUGACACCUGGAAGAGACGCUUCUAUUACAACGCAAGCACUGGCAGAUGCCAAGAGUUUUGGUUUGGAGGCUGCCAGGGCAACAAUAACAAUUUUGCUUCUCUCGGGGAGUGUCAGACGGCAUGUGAGACCGCCACCGCAUACUAACAAUUGAAAUGCAAAGUGUGCAUGAUGUGAUUGUGGCUUGCUUCAUCUCUUCUUUUAUGCUGGUAAAAUAAAAGUUUGACUUUUUUGUUUAUUACGGCUCAUCUGCAAGGAACAAAAGGAAUAAAAUAAAUACUCUUCCAUCUUA